AAGGGCUGCGAGAAGAAGUUUUGUAGUCCUGAUGCAGUUCUGAAGCUGUGAGCAGAUGAUUCAUUGGACAGAAUGGCUCUACGAGAGGCAACACUUUUAGGAAUAAUUAUUGUAUUCUCAGGCCACAUUCAUUCUGCGUUUACUGCUCAAAAUGUAUGUAAGACAUAUGGCAGCGGCAUAUUUUAUACAUUCAACCAAACUGCAUUUCAUCUGAAGACCACAUGUCCUGUAACGCUUACACGCUUCAGUCAUGCUGGAGUGGACUGUCAUAUCAUCGUCCAGCGUGGACCGAAUGGCCUGAUGGACAGAGUGGAGAUCAUUGUGAAUAAAGUCACGACUCUCGUUCACAAUAACACCGUGUCAGUGGAAGGCAGCAGAAUUUCCCUUCCGUACGACCACACAUAUCAGCGCGUGUUUCAUUAUGGAAUCUAUACCAGGCUCCAAAGCAAAGUUUUGCCAUUGUCUGUCACAUGGUACAGUGUAGAUAAUGGUGCCAGUUCACUUUGGAUUCAGCUAAACCAGGAUUUAGUGGAGGGUAUGAGUGGACUUUGUGGUUACAAGAACAGCUCAGAAACUAUGCAGCAGCUGAUAUCCACCAAUGUCUUCUCUGAUGGCCAAUGCCUGACACAAGAUUCUGUUGCGCAGGCAAACUCAGUGUGUCAAAGUGUUUUUUCCCAUGCUUACGAAUGUCUGGCUGCUAAAUAUCAAACCUACCUGAAGCUGUGCUACAAAAAUAUGAAUGGAUUAUGGCAUAAGGAAUCAAACUGCUCCUUUUUUAAAGAGCUCUCGCUUAUUUGCGGGAGCUCCAGUCCAGUGUGGUCAGUGUGGAGAUCAAAAAGCAGCUGCUCCCAACCUCAAUGUCCUGGAGACCUGCAUUAUGUAGAGAUGGGUCCUGCUUUCCCGCCAACCUGCAGCAACCCACAGAAUCACACCACGGAACUUACCAGCACCUGCCUGCCUGCUGAAGGAAAGGUCUUGAAUGAUCGCAUUGAUGGUUACCAUUCCAUCUAUGUGGAGGAAUGUUCAUGUGUGCAUGCAAAGAUAAUGUAUGCACCAAGGCAGGAACGCAAAACAAAGUGCCAGACCUGUACCUGCAUCAGAGGAAACUGGGCAUGUUCUGCAAACACAUGUCCAGCUAAGUGUAUUAUUGAGGGCCAGUUCAUCACUACAUUUGAUGGCAAACAGUAUUCUGUGCUAGACAAAUGCACCUUUGUGGCUGCAAUGGGGCUUAACUGGACAUUGAACAUUCAAUAUUCCGGACGUGGUGUUGUCAUAGAAAAGGCAUAUCUUAAUAUCAACCAGGAAAGAUAUACCUUCUCUGCAAACAGCAUACAAUUGAACAACAUAGAAAUCAGUGACUUAUCACAGACUGAAUCUACCACAGUCUUUUGGCAAUCUUCAAUGUUUGUUCAAGUUCAAACUUCAUUUGGCCUGAAAAUGCAAGUUCAAGUCUCUCCAGAAAUUCAAAUAUAUUUGAAUUUACCACCAACUGUAAACACUAAAGGUCUUUGUGGAACUUUUAAUAAUGACUCAGGCGAUGACUUCACUACUUUUAGUGGCAUCAUAGAAAGUUCUGUUCAGCUUUUUACCCAGUCCUGGUCAAUGGGCACUUGUACCCCAAUUACUGGAUGCAUCAACACUGACAAUGAGAUAUUUGCUGAGGAGAACUGUGACCAACUGAAAGAUCCAGAAGGGGUGUUUGCUGUGUGUCAUGAUUACGUACCCGUUUCACCCUUUGUCGAGGCUUGUAUAAAAAGAACCUGUCAGUGCUCGGCUGGAUUACAGGACUGUUUAUGUGUCUCCUUCGGCAACUACGCAAAAGCCUGUGCAACACAGGGAAUCAUUGUUGGGGACUGGAGAUCAGAAACAAACUGCAUUCCUUCGUGCAUGGGCAAUCUGAGGUUUGCUUAUGCCACAUUGGCAUGUAACCAUACCUGCCGUUCUCUCUCGGGCCCUGAUCCGACCUGUGAGGUGGUGGAUGACCCCGUGGAGGGGUGUGGAUGCACAUCAGAUUCUCACCUGAGCAACCAAGUGACCUGCAGCCCUCGCAUGCUGUGCAGCUGCCACCACCCAGGAGGCGACACACCUCCAGGUCCUGUGGUUAUCGGUGGACGCCAAUGCUUGUGUGAAAAUGGACAACUUCAUUGUCCUAAAGUUUGCAAUUGCACAGUGGGAAAGAUUUGUGUGGAUUGCGCACAAAUAGCAGUGGACACUGCCCAUAGGACAUGUGAAAGCUUGACCAAACCUGUAAGUGAUGAUAACAGCUGUAUCAGUGGCUGUUAUUGUCCAAAUGGCCUUUUCGAAGAUCAUAACGGUGGUUGUGUGGCCCUUGAAAACUGCACCUGUGAAUUCAGCGGGAAGGUGUUUGAAACUGGCCAGAGCGUGGAGACCAACUGUAAAAUAUGCACAUGUAGAGGUGGUGAAUGGUCUUGUAUAGAUGAGGCAUGUUCAGGAGUAUGUGAGGUGUUCGGAAAUGGGCAGUAUCACACCUUUGACUCCAAAUGGUACAGAUUCGAUGGCCACUGUCAGUACACCCUAGUGAAGGACGCUGGUUCAACAGGGAAGUUUGCAGUCAAAACUGAGAGUGUUCCUUGUUGUGACGAGUCUUUGACAUGUUCCCGUGCCAUCUCAGUGGAGCUAUUGGGUGCAGUGACUCUGAUGUUGAGUGACAUGAAGGUAACUGAGACUCAUCAGACAGGGGUUGCAUUGCUGGCAGAUCCCCUGUACUCCAUCCAAACUGUGGGCCUCUACAUCAUUAUCUCAGUUCCCAGCCUGGGGAUCACUGUAAUCUGGGACAAACAUACUAGGGUCACCAUCCAACUAGAGCCUCGGUGGAGAGGCAGAGUGUUGGGGCUUUGUGGGAACUUUGAUGGAAAGGUGACAAACGACCUUCUGACAAGCAGCUCCUCGGAAGUUUUCAGUGUUCUGGACUUUGGGAAUAGUUGGAAGACAGCAUCUCCGCCAUGCUCAGAUGUAACCCAUGAAACAUUUCCUUGUGAACGACACUCCUACUGUGCAGCCUGGGCCCAGCGGCGAUGUAUGAUCCUGAGAUCGGACACCUUUAUAGAUUGCCAUUUGAAGGUAGAUCCAGAGCCUUAUUACCAAGCCUGUGUUUUGGAGUCCUGUUCUUGUGAGUUUGAGGGAAAGUUUCUUGGCUUUUGUACAGCUGUCUCAGCUUACGCAGAGGCAUGCAGUGCAAAGGACGUCUGCAUUAACUGGAGAACCCCAGAUUUGUGUCCGGUGUAUUGUGACUAUUACAAUGAAGUGGGCCAGUGCACCUGGCAUUACAAUCCCUGUGGCCAGGUUAAGACCUGUGGCACUGAUAACCACUUUACAGGAAAACUUGAAGGUUGCUACCCAAGAUGCCCUGAGGAGACCCCAUAUUAUGACAAAAACCUAGGAAAAUGCACCGCUUUGGACAAUUGCACUUGUACCUUCAUGAAUAGAGUGUUGUCACCUCCUCAUGAAAUGUGUACUUCUUAUAAAUGCUGUAAAUGCCUUGAUGGACAAUUAGUCUGCAGUUCUACAACUACAACUACAUCUUCAACUAUGACUACAGUUAAUUACACAUCAACAGCUCAGCCAUCUACAACAAUAAUAACCCACACAGCCACAACACAACCACCAACAACUCGAAGCACAACACAAUACAUAAAACCAACAACACAAUACACAACGAAAACAACAACUGAGAAGACAACAGAAUCUUCAACAAUUCCAAUUAAAGACACAACUACAACACAGCCACCACCAACUGAGAGCACAACAGAACACAAAACCACAACACGUCCAUCAACAACUGAAAGUACAACAAAAACAUACACAACUACGAUAGAAGAAACAACCACAACACAACCACCACCAACUGAGAGCACAACAGAACACAAAACCACAACACUUACAUCAACAACUGAAAGUACAACAGAAACAUACACAACUCCAGAGGAAGAAACAACCACAACACAACCACCAACAACUGAGAGCACAACAGAACACAAACCAACAACAGGUCCAUCAACAACUGAAAGUACAUCAGAAACAUACACAACUCCAGAGGAAGGAACAAGUACAACACAACCACCAACUGAGAGCACAACAGAACACAAAACCACAACACUUACAUCAACAACUGAAAGUACAACAGAAACAUACACAACUCCGGGGGAAGAAACAACCACAACACAACCACCAACAACUGAGAGCACAACAGAACACAAAACAACAACAGGUCGAUCAACAACUGAAAGUACAACAGAAACAUACACAACUCCGGAGGAAGAAACAACCACAACACAACCACCAACAACUGAGAGCACAACAGAACACAAACCAACAACAGGUCCAUCAACAACUGAAAGUACAACAGAAACAUACACAACUCCAGAGGAAGAAACAAGUACAACACAACUACCACCGACUAAGAGCACAACAGAACACAAAACCACAACACGUCCAUCAACAACUGAAAGUACAACAGAAACAUACACAACUCCAGAGGAAGAAACAAGUACAACACAACCACCAACUGAGAGCACAACAGAACACAAAACAACAACAGGUCCAUCAACAACUGAAAGUACAACAGAAACAUAUACAACUCCGGAGGAAGAAACAACCACAACACAACCACCAACAACUGAGAGCACAACAGAACACAAACCAACAACAGGUCCAUCAACAACUGAAAGUACAACAGAAACAUAUACAACUCCGGAGGAAGAAACAACCACAACACAACCACCAACAACUGAGAGCACAACAGAACACAAACCAACAACAGGUCCAUCAACAACUGAAAGUACAUCAGAAACAUACACAACUCCAGAGGAAGAAACAAGUACAACACAACCACCAACUGAGAGCACAACAGAACACAAAACCACAACACUUCCAACAACAACUGAAAGUACAACAGAAACAUACACAACUCCAGAGGAAGAAACAAGUACAACACAACCACCAACAACUGAGAGCACAACAGAACACAAAACCACAACACUUCCAUCAACAACUGAAAGUACAACAGAAACAUAUACAACUCGAGUGGAAGCAACAACCACAACAGCACAAUCACCCACCUCAGAAAGUACAACACAAUACACAGCACAUCCACCAACAAGUGAGAGCUCAACUCAACCAUCCAUACCAACAAAACAAUACACAACUGCAACUCAGCCAACUAUUAAUGCUACUACUUCAGUCAAAUAUAGCACUUCAGUGUCAACAGUGUCUACAACAGAUAUAGACAUUUUUACUGGCCCUCCUAUCACCAAUCAAAGUCCAAAGUCACCUCAAGUAAAGCAUACAGCAACUAGUCCUACAACUAGAACCCCUUCUCUGACAUCUGUACUCAGUACUACAAUACCUACCACUGAACACACAACCCCAGUGUGUGAGUGCAAAGAUGUGAUGCGAAAUCAAAGCUGGUUAUGUGAAGAAACUUGGAGAGAGGAUUGUGCUGAUAAAACCUGUAAAGCUGGAGUGAUUGAGGUAAAAUCCAUUACCUGUCCAACAUCCGCAAUCAGGACUGAUUGCCCUAGAGACAAGAAGUCUUUGGUCAGAGAUGAAAAGACUUGCUGUGAGAGCUGGCAGUGUGACUGCCAGUGUCAGGUUUAUGGAGACCCUCACUACAUCUCCUUCCAGGGGAUCGCUUUCGAUUUCAUGGAUAACUGCACCUACACUCUAGUGGAGGAGCGAGCACUGCGCCACAAUUUAAGCAUUACUGUAGACAACUACUACUGCGUGGAGGAAAUUGAUAAUUCCUGUUCUAGGGGAAUCACAUUAAAGUACAGGAAUAAUAUUGCCACACUUAUGGUAACAGAGGAGUUUACAGUAAAGUGUACUUUGAACCAGGAUAUUAUAAAACCACCUUAUGAAGAUCAGGUCUUCAAGUUUGAAAACAGUGAUAGCCAGGUCUACAUCUACAUCAAGCCUAUCCGUUCCUAUGUUUCCCUUUCACCUUUCAACACUCUGUUAAUCAACCUAGCAAUGGAGUACUUCCAAAACAACACCCAAGGACAGUGUGGUGUCUGUGGUGGGCAGUCGUGUAUACGAAGAAACAGUGUUACUGAAGAUGACAACUGCUGUGAUAAGACUGCAUAUGACUGGGUUGUAGAAGACCCUCUGAAACCCUACUGCAAAUCUGUGCUCACCAAUGUUCCUUGUGUCCCUCCGCAUACACCUUCACCUUUACCGCCAAUUCCACCUCAUCCAACCUGCAAUCCUACAAUAUGUGACCUACUUCACCAUCAGGUGUUUGCAGAGUGUGGUGAAAGGAUCGAUCUCACGUUGGUAGAGAAAAAUUGCCGGUUUGACUACUGUUCAUACAAUAGUAGUGUUGGUGCCUGUUCCUCUCUGGAGUAUGCAGCUUCACAGUGCAAAAGGAUUGGUAUUUGCGUGGACUGGAGAUACCUUACCAAUGGCUCAUGCGAGAUCACAUGUCCGGAAGGAAUGAUUUACAACGAGUGUCGAAAGUCUCCAAAUGAUGUCUGUCGAGGCGGUGUUCGCAUGCCUGCGACCUCUGUGGUUGGUCUGAGAUCCGGCUGCUUUUGUCCAGAUGACAAGAUGCUUGCUGGAGAACACAAGCAAAUCUGUGUGUCUGAAUGCUCAACAUGCAAAGGGCCAUUGGGUGAGCCCAUGCCGGCGGGAGCAGUAUGGGAAUCAAACUGUCACAUAUGCACAUGUAAUAACCAGACUAGAACAGAAGAAUGCAUACCCAAACCUCGACAAACCGCUCCAGUCUGCAGCUCCUACUCCAUCCUGGUCUCUGACUGCUGUGACAAUCAGAUUUGCGUUGAGAAGAGUUGCGAGUACAAUGGAAAGACUUACAAGGUGGGUGAUCGGUGGACAGACCCUUCACGUCCUUGCGAGUCUUUCAGCUGUAGUCAGACAGGAACUGAGGUUGAGAAAACCGUGUGUCCGGUGCAAACAUGUGCUGAGGAUUCACGAGUGUGGGAUGAACAUCAUUGCUGCUAUUCAUGCAAUGUUGCAUGCAGUGCCCGACUGAUGAGAAUGAACCUUACCCUUGCUGACUGCACACAGGAAGUCGAGCUGCCCAUUUGUGAGGGCCAAUGUGAGACACACAACAGGUGGGUUCAUACUAACGGCACACUUCAGCUUGAACAGACUCACCAGUGCUGUACGGAGAGAAAUUAUGAGAUGAGAGAAAUCACGCUGACUUGCAGUAAAAACUCUCUGACCCACUUCACAUACAGACAUGUCACAGGCUGUGAAUGCAGUGUUGAAGGUUAAGUUUACCUGACAUACAAAUGUAUGAAAAUGUUAGUUACAUGUGAUUACCUUCAGUGUGUAUUGUUAAAUAUGCACAAUUAAUAAUUAGCUGCUGAUAUGUGUGAUGAUUAAGUUUCAAGCCAAACUGACACAUUUCUGCCAACUGUGCUUUUCAGCAUGUUUAAAAGUGAAUCAGCUUCAUUAACUAUCAAGUUGUCUGUGCCAAGAUCAAUGCUUUAUCUUUUGGUUUAUCUGUUUAAAUAAUAAUCACUAUUUUAUUUUGUUUUGUCAAAAACUAACUGCAAUUAUGUCCAAUAUAUUUCAGUUAUUACUUUAAUUUGAUCAGUUUUAUGUUUUCUUUGUCACAUAUGAAUAAUGUCGUGCUUGUGUGUCUGUAUUUUUAACAUGAUUUCACAAACAAAUCAAACUUGUGAUUGUAACCUGAUUUCAGGUGUCAAAGCCUCAAAGGCUUUUGUAAUGCACUUUAAGGAUUCAUAAUUCAUAAUAACCAUUAAUAAAAAAAUUACACUUGUGGUAUUUUAAUGUGUAUUUGCUUUUUCAUAACCAUGAUAUUUAAA